UGACAUGCGAGCACUUUCACUUUGAUAAAUUCACAAGCUGAUACAAUACAAUCAAAGUAAAAUUUGAAAACAAUUCCACAACUACUAACAAACUCGUCAUUUUUGCAAUGUGUGCUGACGUAUCCGCUGUGUUUAUCAAGUGAAAUCUGCUCGGUGUUUUGAACUUUGAAGAAAUUCAGAGAAAACUGAUAAAUUUUAGUGUUACGCUACAUUUUAUAUUUUUCAAUUGAUUUGGUUCAUUUUGAAGAGACGGUGCAUUGCUAUACAGCUGAAAAUGAUAAAUACUGGAAAAUUAGCUGGCCGAACGCUAUUGAUAACUGGAGCAUCACGGGGAAUUGGUAAAGCGAUCGCUUUGAAGGCAGCUCGUGAUGGUGCAAAUAUCGUAGUUGCAGCCAAAACGGCAGAGCCACAUCCAAAAUUACCUGGAACUAUUUACACAGCAGCUCAAGAGAUCGAAGAAGCCGGCGGUAAGGCAUUACCACUCAUUUUGGACGUGAGAGAUGAACAACAAGUUAAAUCAGUGGUAAAAACAGCUGUUGAGAAGUUCGGCGGCAUCGAUAUUCUAGUGAACAAUGCUAGUGCAAUUUCAUUGAGUCAAACACUUCAGACGGAUAUGAAACGAUACGACCUGAUGAACAACAUCAACACUCGUGGCACAUUUCUUGUGUCCAAAGAGUGCAUACCAUAUUUGCUGAAGAGUAACCAAGCCCACAUUUUAAACUUGUCACCGCCACUCAACUUGAACCCGGUUUGGUUUGGCAAACACGUCGCAUACACCAUAGCCAAAUACGGAAUGUCGAUGUGUGUGCUUGGAAUGUCUCACGAGUACAAAGGUGAAAUCGGUGUGAAUGCAUUGUGGCCCAAAACAGCUAUAGCCACUGCAGCCGUGGAGAUGUUACUGGGUGAAGAUAGCAGUUUAUAUUCACGAAAGCCAGAAAUCGUUGCAGAUGCUGCGUAUGGAAUUUUCUGCCGUGACCCAAAGACAACCACCGGUAAUUUCUACAUCGACGAAGAUAUUGUGAAGGAAAACGGUGUCACCGAUUUGUUACAAUACGCUUGUUAUCCGGAGAAUGCUGACAAAUUAGUCCCAGAUGGAUUUUUAGACGUUCCAACCAAUUUGAAUGACAUUUCGAGUCAGCACGAGAGCAAAAAGACGGGGAAUGCAGCCGUUGGAGUUGGACAAGUCGAAGGACUGUUCAAGAAAAUCGAAAGUCAUUUAAGCAAGGAGUUGGUGCAAAAAGUGAAUGCCAUCUACCACUUCAAUGUAAAGGGUGAUGAAGCCGGCAUUUGGUUCCUCAACUUAAAGGACGGCAGUGGCAACUGUGGAAAGGGUGAUUGUGGUGUUACACCUGAAGCCACUUUGACCAUGAAUUCAAAAGACUUUUUCGACAUGUUUUCCGGCAAUUUAAAAGCAACGUCCGCAUUUAUGUCUGGAAAACUUAAAAUCAACGGCGAUCUAUCAAAGGCUAUGAAAUUGGAAAAGUUAAUGGGUAGCUUGAAAAAGAGAGUGUAGUUGGAUCGAAGUGCUUUUUAUAAUAAGUAUUAUGAUUUGAAUGGAACUAAAAAUGAGUAUCAUUUCGAUUGGUCAGCUAAUUAUUACUGAUUACACAUCUUCAUGCCGAAGCAAUAAACGAACAAAUUCAACUAUUUUUAUACAUUUUUCUAUAAUAUUUUUAUUUUUUAUAUGCAAAAGUUUUAUAUUCAUUCAUAAAUUGUUCUUUCAUUAAAUUGAUCAAAUAUAUUAAUAUAUGAAAUGCUUUAGGCCCAAA